UUUCAUGUAUUAGCAAACACAUGAAUUAAAGGGUUGGUUAAAUGUAGUCUUUAGCGCAACAGUCCCCUUAGGACGGUGAAAUGUCGGCUCUGCACAAAAGUACAAUCCUCAAAGCACCUCUAAAUCCCAUUUCCCUCUUCCUCCGCCACUUCACCACUCUUCCACCACCUUUACCGCCGCCACAACCACCACUGGACCCCACCACAAUUUCCAACAUCAUACUUCAAACAAACCCAGAAUCAUUACAAGACACCCUUAACACCCUCACACAAUGGACACCAAACCUCGUCCACACUGUCCUAAAACGUCUAUGGAACCACGGCCCAAAAGCCCUCCAAUUUUUCAACAUCCUCGAUCACCACCCUUCAUAUUCCCACUCAUCAACAGCCUUUGAUCAUGCUAUUGAUAUCUCUGCUCGUAUGCGUGAUUACAAGGCCCUUUGGAAGCUCGUGGCCCGAAUGGAAGCCCGGCGACUCGGCCCGAAUCCGAAAACAUUUGGUAUCAUUACUGAGAGGUAUGUUUCGGCUGGGAAACCUGAUAAAGCUGUGAAUGUUUUCUUGUCUAUGCAUAAACAUGGUUGUCCUCAGGAUUUGAGUUCUUUUAAUGCGUUUCUUGAUGUACUUUGUAAAUCGAAACGGGCUGAGAUGGCUGAUAAGUUGUUUAAGAUGUUUAGGGGAAGGUUUAAAGCUGAUACGAUUAGUUAUAAUACGCUUGCGAAUGGUUUUUGUUUGAUUAAGAGGACGCCGAAAGCACAGGAAAUUUUGAGGGAAAUGGUGGAGAGAGGUUUGGAGCCGACUAUAACGACGUAUAAUAUAAUGCUUAAUGGGUUUUUUAAAGCGGGACAGAUUAAGGAAGCUUGGGAAUUCUUUUUGCAGAUGAAGAAGAGGAAAUGUGAUAUCGAUGUUGUGACUUAUACUACUAUUGUUCACGGGUUUGGUGUUGCGGGUGAUGUUGAGAAGGCUCGAAAGGUGUUUAAUGAGAUGGUGGGGGCUGGUGUACUUCCGUCUGUGGCUACGUAUAAUGCUUUGAUACAAGUUUUGUGUAAGAAAGAUAGUGUCGAAAAUGCUAUUUUAGUGUUCAAUGAGAUGUUGAGGAAAGGUUAUUUGCCGAAUGCCAAAACUUAUAAUGCCAUUAUCAGGGGAUUGUGCCAUGUCGGGAAAAUGGACAGUGCUAUGGAGUAUGUGGAUAAGAUGCAAGAGGAUGGGUGUGAGCCAAAUGUUCAGACUUAUAAUGUUGUCAUCCGAUACUAUUGUGAUGAAGGGGAAAUCGAGAAGGGGCUGAGGGUAUUUGAGAGGAUGAAUACUGGGGAUUGUUUACCUAAUUUGGAUACAUACAAUAUCUUGAUAAGUGCAAUGUUUGUGAGGAAAAAAUCAGAUGAUUUAUUAGUGGCUGGGAAAUUAUUGACAGAAAUGGUUGACAGAGGAUUUCUUCCUCGAAAAUUUACCUUCAACCGGGUUCUAAAUGGUCUUUUGCUAACUGGUAAUCAAGAUUCUGCAAAGGAGAUUUUGAGGUUGGUAAGCAAAUCUGGCCGCCUCCCCUGCCAUUUUAAAUUGUGAGCACAACAGCGUAUGUAUGAUACACAAACUAAGUGCCCUUCUGAAGCUUAAUGAAACGGUAAAGCUAUAAAUCUGGGACGAGUUUGUUACUUGCCCUGAAAUUCAAUCUUGGAGUGUGGUAAAGAUAUGGAUAAGUAUGAGUAACGUGAAGAGUUUGAGAUGAAAAUGACUUAAAAAAGCAUGCCAUUAUCUUUAUGCAGCAGCUCGUGAGCUUGUUUGUCGCCUCUCGUGAAAUUCAAUCUUGAAGUGUGGUAAAACGUGGAUAAGUAUGAUGAAUGUGAAGAGUUUGAGAUGAAAUGACUUAAAAAGCACGUCAUUAUCUCUAUACAGCAGCUCAUGAGCGUAGAGACUUGGCAUUUGAAAGGACUUGUGUUGUUUAGCAGGGUGCUCUGACUUUGGUCCAUGACUUGAAGGAGGUGAAGUUGCAAAUAAAGUAUAUCAUGCAAAUGGAGGUGCACAAUUUCAUCGAGCGAUCUCAGAGUGCUUUCAUUUUUGCUUCUACUGGAUAAUUCUGUACUUCUUAUUAUUGAUAUGUAUGCAACACAGAAAGGACAGUGACAUCCGGUCAAAACCAAAUCUGUGUUUACAGUGGCACCAAAAGCAGAGAAAAAGCCAGCAGCAACAGAGGAGAAAGAAGCUGACAAGAAGAAGAAGAGGGUAAAGAAGAGCGUUGAGAGUUACAUUGAUGAACAGUUUAAUCAGUGAUAUAUUUGAGAAGCUUGCUCAGGAGUCUUCAAGAUUGGCUAGGUACAAUAACAAGCCUAUUACUUCUAAAGGAAAUUCAGACUGCUGUUAGGCUUGUGUUGCCUGGUGUGUUGGCUACACAUGCUGUUUCUGAAGGCAGUAAGGCUGUUUCUCAGUUUACUAGUUCUUAGAUGGGUGUUGGGGUGGUUGGUAUUUUUGGGAAUGUAAAGUUAGUGCUUUUGUUGGGUUGGAAAAAAUGUAAGAUUUGUAGCUGGUUCUUCUAUGAUGAAAGAAUGGAUAUGAAUAUGAAAGAAUGUGCUUUUAUGAAGUAAAAAUUAGCUCCUUUUAUCAAAAUGUAAUUAUAUUCAUCUUCUUUUGUAAGUUGAGCAUCUGUAAACCAACACGGCUGGCACUAUGGUUCAUCUAAA